AUGAGGUUUGCCUUCCAUUCCAAUGACCCAUCCACGCCUCGCGAGGCAUUCAACAGAAAGCUAUUCCUGGUAAUUGUGGUAGCUACAUGUGGCUCCAUCAUCUUUGGGUAUGAUCUUGCUUUCAUUGGAGGGGUCUUUUCUCUCCCUUCUUUCAUAACACGGUUUGAUCUCGCCAACCAAAAUGCUUCCGCUCUCCAGGCCCAUAUGGUGAAUGUUUUCCAGGCAGGUGCCUUCUUCGGAGUCAUGGUGGUAUAUUUUGUAAACGAAAGAUUCGGGCGGAGAUUUGCACUCCUUUGGGCGUCAAUAAUUUUCAACGUUGGAGUUGUAUUAUCGAUGGCAUCCAUGGGCAAUAUUCCAGUCUUUCUGGUUGGUCGCAUCGUCAGUGGCUUAGGCGUUGGGGCCACUACCUUCGCUGUGCCUCAAUACCUCUCAGAGUGUGCCCCUGCGUCUGCUCGCGGGGGCAUAGUUGGAUGUUUUGAAAUCGGGACUCAGAUUGGCACAAUCACCGGAUUUUGGAUCAACUAUGGCGUUCAACAAACGGUUGAUCCUGUUGGAGAUAAGCAAUGGUUUAUUCCUAUUGCCUUCCAGUUCAUCCCAGCAGGUUUGAUGGCUAUCGGAUUAUCCUUUCUCUCUGAAAGCCCCAGGUGGUUGUUUUCGAAGCACCGAGAUGCAGACGCCGUGGAAGCAUUAACAUGGCUGCGACAACUGCCCGUGGAGCAUCCUUACGUAGCCGAAGAGCUAGAGGAUUACCGAAGACAAAUGGGACAUGAGGCAGCUUUGGCCCCCGAGGAGACCUUCUGGGCAAUCUUGAAGGAAACCUUCAGUCCACGGGUGCUUCCAAGACUUGUCCAUGGAUGUUUGUUGAUGAUUCUUCAGAACAGCACUGGAAUAAACGCAAUGAAUAACUUUUCGGUCUCGUUCUUUGCAUCUCUUGGGUUCCAGGGAACAUCUGUCAAGCUUUUGUCUACAGGAAUAUAUGGUAUUGUCAAAGGCAUCGCAGCUACUAUCACGUUCCUCUUCCUGAUCGACCGAUUUGGGCGUCGGCCCCUCUUAUUCGUGGGCUCAGUCAUGUGCGCCUUCGCAAUGUACUACGUCGCAGCAUUCUCCGCCAUCACAGAUUCCUUCCAUUCAUCUCAAGACCCCAGCUCGGCAACCUAUUCUGCUGUUGCCUUUAUCUACAUCUUCGGAGCAGGCUAUUCGAUUGGCUGGAACAUUCCUUGGAUUGUGGCUUCGGAGAUCUUCCCGACCCGGAUACGAUCGUUUUGUCUCGUUUUUACUACAUGCUCGCAUUGGCUAGGAGAGUUCUACACUUCAUACGCCGUGACUUACAUGUUUGCGUCAAUCACCUACGGCACUUUCAUAUUUUUCGGAUCAAUGACUGUCAUAGGAGGUGUUUACGUAUACCUUUUCUUACCAGAGACCAAGGGCGUUUCACUGGAGCAAAUGGAUACUUUGUUUGCACAGAAGGGUUUCGCCAAACAGCAAAUGCGACUUUUCAAGGAAAUCCACAUGGAUGCGGCGGUAAUCGAGGGCCAAGAAGGUAAUUUGACAGAUGAUAAUCUAGCGAAGAAGGAAGAUGCAAUGUUUCAGUCUGCUGUCAACUAUUAA